AUGGAAGAAGAUUUCAAAGAACCCGAAAUCAAUGAUGACAUAGCAGCUCGAGCCGAAAUGGAACAAAAGAAUGAAAUCGUUGCACUUAACGAUGCUGGUAGUUCGUGGGAGUUGGAUUUAGGUGAUGGUUUUCGCACACAAUGGCAAGAAAUUACAGCAUUAUUAACUUCUAGUGUUAAUGAAGAUUAUGAUGGAAUUUCGAUAUGUAGCGAUAGUUCAUCGAUAGUCGAUACGACUGAUAUAACAGAAGACAAAGUUUUCAUCAUUAGUCUUCUGGGUAAUACAUCAAGUGGCAAAAGUUUCGUCGCGCGACAUUUACUCAGUGAGUCGGAAGACAAUGAUUUCGUCAAUGGUCCAACAUGUGUCGAUGAAGCAGAGAAAAAAGGUGCCACGACAGUCAACAUCAAUUGUUAUUUGAAUAAAUUCACGAAUCACCAAAAGACUCUUAUCUUAGACUAUGAAGGUGAAAAGGGUUCUGGAUUUCCCUUGCUUCAUUUUGCUCAACGACGCUUUGCACGUGUGUCACGAACAGCAGAGAAGGCUCAACAGCGUCGACAAGCAAUCACUGAUUAUUUUCCUAAACUCGCCUAUAUCCUUAGUAAUGUCGUCAUCCUAAUAGGCAAUGAUGAUCUUGCGUCGACUGAUUAUUUGACUCGUUGUCGUGAGUUUGCAUUGAAAGCAAAUGAUGGAGUUAGUCAAAUGGUCAAUCCACCGAUGCUGAUUAUCGUACAAAAUAAAGGAUCCUUAGCUCAAUCGCAGAAUCACGAAGAGAUCACGAAAAAGUUUUUUGAUAUUCAUGGACAAGAGGCAGCUGCUUUGAAACCCUAUUUUUCGGACAUUAAAUGCUUUUGUUUACCGCACCGAGACCAGUUGCAACGAACUAAAAAUGGUAUCUUAGAUGGUCACCAAAUUUUCAAUCAACAAAUGGCAGACAUCAGAGAAAUGUUUUUAAAAAUUCGUGAUCGCAAUUCAGAACGAUCAUUGACUCAUGCCCAAUGGUUAUAUCUACUUCAACGUGUCUUACCCAUAGUCCAAAGCGGCAAAUCAGUUUCGUUACAUACACUUCUCAGUGAAAUUGUUGCUCCUGAUGGGGAUCAAAUGAUCGAAAUAAGUCGUCGUUGCUUCCUAUAUACAUAUGAUAUGAUGUCAAUUCAUUCACCUGCAUGGUUUGACUAUUGCUGCCGUUUCGCUGUUCGUGUAAUGGCUCAUUUUCUUGCUGUGCAAAACUAUAAUCAACCGGAAUUAAUGUCGGAACGCAUCGUUAGUGAACAGUGUGAUAAGGCCUUGGAAGAACUGUCUAAUAUACUCGAAGAAUUCCAGCCGUGUGAAGCACUCUACACCGGAAAAGGCCGUUCAUCGAAAAAUAAUGAUGCUGAACAUCCCGUUUACUGUUAUCAACACAAAGGUGCACACAGAGGUGGUCAUCGAACAUGUCAAUCGGUAUAUGGUUUAGCUUGGUGGAAAGAAUUUCUCGGUUGGAGUUCGACGGAUGUCUGGCCAGGUGAAUUCGUAUAUUCGACGAAAAAAAAGUUUAAAAAUACUAUUUUCUCAAUGCAUAUUGUUAAGGAUAUGUCAAGUAGGGUGUGGGUGUGGGUGUGGGUGUGGGUGUGGGUGUGGGUGUGGGU